AUGUUUGCCAUUCAGGCGUUAUAUGUGCGUGAUAUUCUACUUAAUCGUUUAAAAUUACCCUCAACUCAUGAUGAAAUGAACCAGGACGUUAACAAAUGGUUAGAAAAAGAAGCGUUAAUUGACACAGUUGAUGCAGCUAUUCGUUUCCAAACAGAUUACAUUAAAGAUCUUCUGCAAUUUAUCGAUGAUUAUCCAGAAUAUAAUACUGAACAUAUUGCAGGUGUAUUGCAACAAUUCGUGAAUGAUAAACAAGAUAAUAUAUUAACAUACCGUGAUAAAACACAUGUUUCAGCUAUAACUACUAAUGCAUCAAUAAAACAUCAUACGGAAUGGAUCAAUGAAAAAGAUGAUACAUUCAAGACCUAUUUUGAAUAA